GGGAAUGGCUUUACAAAGGAUUUGCCGACGUUCGGGAAUUCCGCCUUCAGUUCCUUUUUUAGCGCCACUCGUGCGCUGGAAUCUGUCCAGGAUCACACCCAUCUCUGUUAAUUUGACAACACAAAGGACUUCACUGAACCCGAAGACACCGCCUACUAUUCCAAAUAAGGGUCGUCUCUCCAUGUACGGAAAACAAUCGGCUGGAGAGCGUCCUUUUCUCUUCCUUAUCCCGUUUAUAUGAUCCGAGAGGAACUGCGCUACAAGUUACAGCGGUGCGAUCAUGGCGGAGCGAGUCCAGCAGCCCCCGGCCAAGCGGCUCUGCUGCCGGCCCGGCUACAACCCGGCAUGCAGGCAGGGGCAGCGGGCUGGAGGAGUACUUUGUGGCGGUCCGGGGUCCGCUCCAGGGGGAUUGGGAAAAACACACAACCCCGAAUCGCUGCUCGACAUCGCGGCGCGGAGAGUGGCAGAGAAGUGGCCAUUCCAAAGGGUGGAAGAACGGUUCGAACGGAUUCCAGAACCCGUCCAGAGAAGGAUCGUGUACUGGUCGUUUCCGAGGAGCGAAAAGGAGAUCUGCAUGUAUUCUUCGUUCAACGCAGGGGGAGAUGAGAGUGGAACUAGCGGGGAAAACAAUGACGAGACCCAGCUGCCUUUCCUACGGGGUGUCACUCUGCUGGAGGGCGGUUGGGUGGACAACGUACUGCAAGUCGGGUUCCAUCUGAGUGGUACGGUAACAGACCCGGCCACGUCCUCUCAGCCUGAGAUGGUCUGCAGCGUGAGCGUCAGCUUCGACCGCUGUAAGAUCACCGCGGUGACCUGUAGCUGCGGCAACAAGGACAUAUUCUACUGCGCCCACGUGGUAGCGCUGGCCCUGUACCGCGUACGGAAGCCCGAGCAGGUCAAACUGCACCUGCCCAUCUCAGAGACGCUGUUCCAGAUGAGCAGAGAUCAGCUGCAGAAGUUUGUCCAGUACCUGAUAUCAGUGCAUCAUACAGAGGUGUUGCCCACCGCACAGAAACUGGCAGAUGAGAUCCUGUCAACUAACUCUGAGAUCAACCAGGUCCACGGGGCCCCGGACCCCACUGCAGGGGCCAGUGUGGAUGAUGAGAACUGUUGGCACUUGGAUGAGGAGCAGGUCCAGGAGCAGGUGAAACUCUUCCUGUCACAGGGAGGAUACCAUGGCUCUGGGAAACAACUCAACCUCCUGUUUAGCAAGGUGAGGGAGAUGCUGCGUAUGCGUGACUCUAACGGAGCACGGAUGUUAACACUGAUCACAGAACAGUUUAUGGCCGACCCUCGCCUGGCACUGUGGAGACAGCAGGGCACCACCAUGAACGACAAGUACAGACAGCUCUGGGACGAACUAGGUGCCCUGUGGAUGUGUAUCGUGUUGAACCCCCACUGUAAGACGGAGCAGAAGUGCUCGUGGCUCAGAGAGCUGAGGAGGUGGAACAGCGUGGACGUGUGCCCCUGGGAGGAUGGUAACCAUGGCAACGAUCUGCCCAACCUCACCCACUCCCUGCCUCAGGGUGCCCAUGGCAACCAAGAGUCGCGUCCCCACAGGACGGUGUUCACACGGGCAAUCGAGGCGUGUGACCUCCACUGGCAGGAUCGUCACCUGCAGCACAUCAUUGCCAGCGACCUCUAUGCCAACUACUGUUACCAUGACAACCAGGACGGCUCGCUCUUCGACACACGUGGAUGGCCCAUGUGGCACGAACACGUCCCGACGGCUUGUGCUCGGGUGGACGCCCUGCGUUCCCAUGGUUACCCCCGCGAAGCACUUCGAUUGGCCAUUGCCGUGGUAAACACACUGCGGCGGCAGCAGCAGAGACAACUGGAGCACUUCCGCCGACAUAAGAAAGUUGACAUGUGUUGCAUCCUGUCCGUGACAGAGCUGCUCCAUAAAGCCAUCACCUCCAUAACCAACAUGGAAGGCUGGGUGGGUCACCCCCUGGAUCCCAUCGGCACCCUGUUCAGCACCCUCACUGAGACGGGACGGGGGGCAGAGGAGGGGGCCAACACCUGCCUUGACCUCUCAGAUUGUUCCAGUGUGGUGAGUCGUGCGGAGCUGCAGCGGUUGCCAGUGCAGAGGUUGCUAGGCGAGGGCGAAUCAUACGGGGCGCUGGCUGUGGAGACUGCUCUGAUUGGCUUAGGCCAGCAGAGGGUGAUGCCUGAUGGGCUGUACGCCCAGGAGAAGGUGUGUCGCAACGAAGAGCAGCUAUUGGCCAAGCUGCAGGAAGUGGAGCUGGAUGACACGCUGGUCAAGAUCUUCCGCAAACAAGCCGUCUUCCUGUUAGAGAGUGGGCCAUACAGUGGCCUGGGAGAGAUUGUCCACAGAGAGAGUGUUCCCAUGCAUACCUUCACCCGCUAUCUCUUCACCUCUCUCCUACCUCACGACGCUGAACUGGCGUACAAGAUUGCACUGAGAGCCAUGCGGUUGCCUGUGUUGGAGUCCACAGCCUCGUCAGGUGACCUGUCGCGACCCCAUCACAUGGUGUCUGUGGUCCCCAACCGCUACCCUCGCUGGUUCACACUCUCCCACAUAGAGUCCCAGCAGUGUGAACUGGCCUCCACCAUGCUGACCGCAGCCAAAGGUGAUAGUUGUAAGCUGGAGACAGUGUUAGAGUCCAUCCAGAAGAACAUUCACUCCUCGUCUCACAUCUUUAAACUGGCCCAGGACGCCUUCAAGAUCGCUACACUGAUGGACAGCUUGCCAGACAUUACACUGCUCAAAGUUUCACUGGAGCUUGGGCUACAGGUGAUGAGGAUAACCCUGUCUACGUUAAAUUGGAGGAGGAGGGAGAUGGUACGGUGGUUAGUUACCUGUGCAACCGAAGUAGGUGUGUAUGCGUUGGACAGCAUCAUGCAGAGUUGGUUCACCCUCUUCACCCCGACCGAGGCCACCAGCAUCGUGGCCACCACCGUCAUGUCCAACACCACCAUUGUCCGCCUGCGCCUGGACUGUCACCAGCAGGAGAACCUGGCCUCCUCCGCCCGGACCCUGGCCCUGCAGUGUGCCAUGAAGGACCCCCAGAACUGUGCUCUCUCCGCCCUCACCCUCUGCGAGAAGGACCACAUCGCCUUCGAGACGGCCUACCAGAUCGUCCUGGACGCGGCCGUCGCGGGGAUGAGCUACACGCAGCUGUUUACGAUAGCCAGGUACAUGGAGCACAGAGGGUACCCUAUGAGGGCGUACAAGCUAGCCACGUUAGCCAUGGCUCAUCUAAACCUCAGCUACAACCAGGACACCCACCCGGCUAUCAACGACGUGCUGUGGGCCUGCGCUCUGAGUCACUCGCUGGGAAAGAACGAGCUGGCUGCCGUCAUCCCCCUGGUGGUGAAGAGCGUGAAGUGCGCCACGGUGCUUUCCGACAUUUUGCGGCGGUGCACGCUGACCACGCCGGGGAUGGUGUCGGCGCUGCACAGCCGCAGGAACUCUGGGAAGCUGAUGUCGCUGGACAAGGCUCCGCUCAGGCAGCUGCUGGACGCCACAAUCGGGGCCUAUAUCAACACCACGCACUCUCGCCUCACGCACAUCAGCCCGCGGCACUACAGCGAGUUCAUCGAGUUCCUGGGGAAGUCCCGGGAGACGUUCCUCAUGGCCCACGACGGACACAUCCAGUUCACCCAGUUCAUAGACAACCUCAAACAGAUCUACAAGGGCAAGAAGAAACUCAUGAUGCUGGUACAUUUUGGCCUCCUUGGUUUUGUGAAUGGUUACAGUACAUCUCUUUCUGAGGCACAAGGCUGUUCGACAAGAUGUGUUGGUCGACAUAGAAACAGACCAGCGAGUUGAGCUCAAUCAGGAGAGUUUGGAUCAGCAGCAACAUCAACCACACCAAAAGAAGAAAAUAAUUAUGCAGUUUUAAACUAUCACCUCUGGGUGAAUUAAUACAGCAGUAUUAAUUCACAUCCAUAGUUUGUGAAUCAAGAUUUAGGGGAGCCUAGGCCAGUCCCACAAACCUGUACAGUGUGUUCAGAAAGUAUUCAUACCCUUUUGACAUUUUGUGUUACAGCCAGAAUUCAAAAUUGAUUAUAUUUUUCUCAUCUACACACAAUACCCCAUAAUGACAAACUGAGUAAACACAUAUUAGAAUCACCUUUUGGCAGCGAUUACAGCUGUGAGUCCUUCCUGGUAAGUUUCUAAGAUCUUUCCACAGCAUUUGCCCAUUUUUCUUUUUUACAUUUUUUUCAACCUCUGUCAAGUUGCUUUUUGAUCAUUGCUAGACAGCCAUUUUCAAGUCUUGCCAUAGUUUUUUAAGCUGAUUUAAGUCAAAUCUGUAACUAGGCCAUUCAGGAACAUUCAAUGUCAUCUUGGUAAGCAACUCCAGUGUAUAUUUCGCCUUGUGUUUUAGGUUAUUGUCUGGCUGAAUGGUGAAUUUUGAAUGGGAAGCAGACUGAACCAGGUUUUCCUCUAAGAUUUUGCCUGUGCUUUGCCCUAUUCUGUUUCUUUUUAUCCUUAACUCCGUAGUUCUUGCUGAUGACAAGCAUACCCAUAGCAUGAUGCAGCCACCACUAUGCUUGAAAAUAUGAAGAGUGGUACUGUUGUUGGAUUUGCCCCAAACAUAACGCUUUGUGUUCAGGACCUGUUUGCCUGAUUGCAGAUACUUUGCCUUAUUGCAAACAGGAUGCAUGUUUUGGAAUAUUUGUAUUUUCGUACAGGCUUCCUUCUUUUCACUCUGUCAUUUAGGUUAGUAUUGUGGAGUAACUACAAUGUUGUUGAUCCAUCCUUAGUUUUCUCCUAUCACAGCAAUUAAACUCUGUGACUGUUUUAAAGU